UGCUGGUUUGUCAACGGACACCAUCACUUUGAAGUUGCUCUGGAAAAGACUACGAUUUCUACUAAAGAAAGGACGUUAAAGACUGGAAUUCAGGAUGUCAACUCGGCGACGAUACGGCUACUUCAGUUGUCCAAAAUGCAAGCGGGGCUGGGAGAGCGCACACGCCUGGUGCUAUGAGGACACGGAUGAGCCUUCUUCUGGCCAGCAGUGCCAGAAUCCAGGCUGUCCCAAGGAUUACAUCAAACCUUACAAGGUGGAGCGUCUGAAAUGUCCGAAAUGUGGGUCCAACGACGGCUGCCUUUGCGACCAUGAUGAUGACGAUGAGCGUCACAACGACCCGGAGAAGCCCCACCGGAGUGACCUGUGUGAGCGCUGCAGCAAAGGGCAGACCUGCAAGUUUCGUUGAGACAGCGACAGCGCACCCAGAUUUCAGCCUAUGUGGCUUAAAUAAUGUGACAACUUGCAAUUCAGCUUUAGGGGGAAAAAAGAAAUUGAUCAAACAAAAAUUCAAGCACUUUGAUUUCCUAGUAAUGUACGACCAAAAGUAAAGGACGAUCAUGGUUGUGUUUGUUUUCUACUCUUUAAUUUAGUAUAUUUCGCCUAGAGAAAACAAAUUAAGAUAAAUACGCAAAUAUAACAUGGCAAGACUUCCAAAAAUAAAUAAAUCUAGACUGCAACUAACCCAAAUGGAGAGAUGACUUAUUUUUGAAAUCAACAAUUGAAAUAUUUUAUCCAUUUUAACUGUUCUUGUUUCUCUUCCGUGGACAGUGUGGCCGUUUCAUGCUACUCUGACAAUCACCAUGCCACAAAAAUCCCCAUUAUUGUAUACACCAAUGCAGUGUGCAAACAAAAUCAUGAACUACACGUGGAGGAACAAAUUUGUCCACGGUGUAGCCAGGCAAAUAGCAAGGAACAAGGUAUUGCCUUUCCCAACAUGUUUACAAUCAUGUACCACCUGUAAUUAACAAAGAACAAAAUUAUUUUGAUAAUGAAAUGUUUACAGCAGGCACAAAAUAUUCAUAUACUAAUCAAUCCGUACCAAUAAAGUGUUGUUCAAAUCGUAUUUAGUUAUGAAACUAUGCACGCUAACAUUA